AUGAGGUACGACAGAACGCAAGACCCGCUGGAACACCUCACGGCCUUUGAGGCCAGAAUAAACCUUGAGGGAGUGGGAGAUGAGGUAAGGUGCCGCGCCUUCCCGGUUACCCUGGCGAAGCCUGCAAUACUGUGGUUCAAUAACCUCCCGCAGGGCUCGGUGACCGGCUUCGCAGACAUCAGCCACGCCUUCUUAGCCCAAUUCACGACCAGGAUUGCAAAGGGGAAGCACCCAAUCAACCUACUCGGGGUGACCCAGCGACCCGACGAGUCGACUAGAAAAUACCUAGACAGAUUCAACGAUGAGUGCUUGGAAAUCGACGGGCUGACGGACUCAGUUGCGAGUUUGUGCCUAACGAACGGACUCUUGAACGAGGACUUCAGAAAGCACCUUACCACGAAACCAGUGUGGAGUAUGCAGGAAAUCCAAUGUGUGGCCAAGGAGUACAUCAAUGACGAAGAAGUGAGCCGAGUCCAAGGAGUACAUCAACGACGAAAAAGUGAGCCGAGUCGUGGCUGCCAACAAACGGCAGCCCUCUCAUAA